AUGAUCAAGAGAUGCGUGGCAGAAGAUGAAAUACCAAAGAUUUUAUACCACUAUCACUCAGCUCCAAGUGGGGGACACUUUGGAGGUACACGUACAGCGGGCCAAGUAUUGCAAGCUGGAUUCUUUUGUCCAACACUAUUCAAGGAUGCAUAUGAUUACAUGAAGAGUUGUGGUCAAUGUCAAAGGGUUGGAAAUGUCACCAACAGAAGUGAGAUGCCCCGAACAAACAUUAUUGAGGUAGAGUUGUUCGAUGUAUGGGACAAGCACGGAAUGAAACACAAAGUUGCAACAGCUUACCAUCCGCAGACAAAUAAGCAAGCUGAACUGGGAAAUAAGGAGAUCAAAGGCAAACUUGAGAAGGUAGUAUACCCGAACCGACGAGAUUGGUCCACAGGAUUAGAUGAUGCUUUAUGGUCUUACAGAACAACAUACAAGACACCAUUAGGGAUUUCACCCUAUAGGUUGGUCUUUGGGAAAGCCUACCAUCUACCAUUGGAGUUAGAGCACAAAGCUUACUGGGCUCUUCAAUAG